AUGGUGUCGGUGUCGCGGCCCGGCACCGCCGUGUUCUACUUGGCGGCGGUGACGGUGGGGACAGCGGCGAACCAGGGCGGCCCAGAGUUGAAUUUUCGUCAACAUGAGCACCAGCCGCCAGCCUCGCCGAUGCUGCCCCCCUUCCUCGAGGGUCAACCGGAGCGUUGGCAGGCACGCUUCUACGGCCCAGACGUACGCGUGGCGCCUCACACCGCUGCCGGGCCGGGGCUCCGCUCGGCGUCCACCGGGGUCCCGGCGUCCUUCACCAUCCGAUUGGCCGGCGUCGACGCCAGUGGGGCUCGGCCGGAGCAGCAGGGGGAGAAGAACCCCGACUGGGAUUACAACGUGGACAAAAAGCGGUUCAUUUACGUCUGGGUGGCGAGCGAGGACAACGUUUUCGUCGCCGGGGUGCGGAACAACGGCAACGGGACUCUCACCGCCGCCUACGAGAGUUCCUUCCCGGGGGACUACCUCGUCCACGUCGAAGACGUUAACCUGAAGGUCCAAGACCACUUUGGGCGGGGCAGGCCGAUCAUCGGAAGCCCGUUCUCCCUGACCGUUUCGGGAGACCCUGCGGUGGACGUGGACGCCCUCCCGGUCUGCGGCGGAGAAGGCGAGGAGGAAGACUUGGCUUCGUCCUACUGGCGCACGGGCUCGUGGGUCUCUUCGAACAUCGCGGCCCGGAACCACGGCGUCCUGCGGGACGGGUGGGUGUUCCAGCCCAAGACGUGCGUCUACGAGGCGUUCUCCUACGACGACCUCAUGCUCCUGGCCGGCCUGGACGAGCCCGCGUGGCUUCUCGCCCUGGGGAACUCCAUCCUGCGAGGCAUCUUCCUGACGAUCUUGGACAUGGCUCUCGCCCAGGGACAGAAAGACGAGUUUUCCACCAGCGUCGUGAAGAAGUGUUGGGGGUUCAUCGACAUCCGUAUCGGCAACCUCCGGAUUAGCUACCAGGACCUCCGGCUGUACACCGUAUCCUCGGUAGAUGAUGCCACUGUUUGCAACGACGAGAAGCUCGCCAGCGGCAGCACCGCGGCGUACGUGAGCUCCGCCGAGCUGUUCCUGCAAGACACAAUCUUCCGUGAAAACAAGCCCUGGCCGUCCGUGAUCUGGGCCCCGUCCAACAUGAUAGACUCGGACGAGGCCCCAAACUUGCAAAUCAGCGUGCUAAUGGACGCGCUUCCUUCGAGCUGGAGAGGGACCCUCGUCAUGUUGGACCAGCUUUACGGAUAUGGCUACGGCUGGAACACGGGAAACCCUACCCUGGCAACUCUGAGCGGGGUCAAGCCUGUAAACGAGUUCAGCCCCGCAACGAGAGAUAGCGGGCUCGAGAGGAUGGAGCGAUACCGGCAGCGAGACCCCCGUGUGACCUUCAUGAGCGCGUUCCCUAUGUACCAGGGGAGACUUUUCGAGAACGAGGAGUCCCGGAUCGGAGAGCGCUGCUACGGGUGCAGCAUCCAUUACCACUACGUUUCGGACGACCCUAACAGCCCGGAAGCGUACGGUGGGGCCAAGAUGGUCCACUCCGCCGUCACCGAAAUGCUCGCAAACGUUUUGAUAACAAGAGCUGUCGGUACCAAGGCUGCUCUGCGCGAGAGAGCAGGCACUCAUUCAUCGGAUGUCACCUCCACGGCGGAAGAGCGACAGGCAGACACAAGAACUUUCGAGCUGUGCACGGACUGCCCGGCCACCCUCAUCCCGCUGCACGUCAAGCCGUCGCCGCUGCUCAAGUGCGACACCGUGUCCGCCCUCCCGGGGAACGCGACGGUGGGCAAGGCGUGGGACGACGAGCGCUGCCCGGACUGGUGCAUGGCCAGGGAGCCAGACCGGCAGGCGUCGAAAGGGACGGGCCUCGUCGACGUCCGGGUCUGCGAGACGACAAGCACAGGAAAGGACCACGGUUGAUGCCCCUGCUGGUGUGGAAUCGUUUCUAGCGCUUGCGUGGCCACGGGGGACCGGAUGGAAGCCUCACCGGUCUCGUACACGCCCGGGUUAGUGAAACGUCCGCGCAGGGGAUCAGGCCUCUGCCUUGUGGGAAUUCGGAAUUUGCCGGAGUGCUGCAUGGCCAUGGGAUUCGGUGGGGAAUGAAUCGGUCUUGUUGAGGAAUCCGGGUUUCUGCUGGAUUACGACCGCGGCAGAGUUGAUAACGAACAAUUUCUAGCAAUGUGGAACCAACGGGGCUGGCGCCGUACAUGGUCUCGGGAACCGAUGGGAGGAAGCUUACGGUUCUCGUUGGAAGUCCGGGCCCGCGGGACACAAACACCGCGGUUGGUCGGCCACAAUGUUCUGGAAACCAACCGCUGCCACGAAUUUCCUUCUUUCGCGAUGGCGAAACUUUCGGGGCUUGGAGCAAGGCCUCCGGCAAUCGCUGGAGAUAGGGUGCGAUAUUCUCUUUGACAGAUUCUCGGGCUCCAGGGAGGCGUAGAAGCAACACGAGAGGGAAUGGGUCUAGCAAGCUUCGAGGCAUGCGGGGCAGUCGAGCCAGCAGCGGGAUUGACCAGAGUCUUGUGGGCCAAUCGCCGUGUGAUGCGGUUCGACUGCGUGGCAGGAAACUCGAAGAGGUUGGCAAGGUUCCUGCUGCAGUAGCAGCGUUUGUAUCUCAAGAGGAGGUACUCAUAUCGCGAUUUCAGGCGGAAAAGUCGAGUCAAUCAAAAGCAUCAUUCGUUCAAUACAUUUUUUUUUGCCGGGGCCCGUGAUAAAUUCGAUAUUGUUUUCCGCGUUGUCUCCAAGCCACGAAGUGUCGACGAGGAUCUUCAGCUUCAUCGGCCGUGUUCGAGCAAGUGCCGAACCGACUUCAAAGAAGAGAGGGCAGACGUUCGUCGAUUGACUGGCCGACAGAUUUGUUUAGCGGCACAGGCGGGUUCCGUGACCGCCUUGUUUCCUUCACCAUGCUGAGCCUCAGGGUGUUUAGAGUGUGAUAUGUGGUUGUCGUUGUUGUUUUGUUGCUGUUUUCAUGUCCGUCUUUGGGGUGUUGUGGCUCUGGUGGAGCAAUAUACAGUACACCCGGAGAGAAUUAGGCAAUAUUUUUUUCCCGGGUGUAGGGUGGUUGGGAAGGAACACACUCCGUAUAGUAUAUAUGCACCCAUUACUAGUACAGUGGGCAGUCAGGGUGCGCAAUCAGCUUGUUGAGGGCGGUAGUUGCCCUGAGGUGAUGUUGGACGUGGCGUGUGUUAUGCUGUACCCCCCCCCCCCCUCCCAGUGCUGGGACGCGCACUCUGGCUCUUGCCACGGAUGCUGCUCCUUGAAAAAUUAUUUUUUUAUCUUUGGAUGGACGCGCACAGUUGGCUCUUGUCAUUGAUGCUGCUCUUUGAAAAGUUGUUACUCUUUGGAAUGGUGAGAAACGUGAACAAGUCCGUUGUUGGUGACUGUGUAUUUUCUCUCCGGUUGAAAUUUGCUGUGCACUCUUUUUAACUUGUUUAUCGUUUUCACGUGUGCGCUGCAUCACUUGUAGUAGUAGAUGUGUGUCGAUUUUGUAUUGUUUGGCUGUGAACCCUUGACGCGAAUGGGAUAAUACGAAAGCAUGUACCCGUCGGUUGCCGAUUGUAAAAGUAUGCUUGGACGUUCUGGAUCCGUUUUCGGUUUGGUUGGCGGAGAUAUACAACGUCCAUUGGUCUUUUCGUUCUUUGUUGCUGUUGGGAUGUAUAGUGGCGCGCUGGCGCAUGAGUGAGUGAGUGUGAUCCAAAGUGAGUUUGACUACUUUUGUCGUGCCGCAGAGAUGAUCGCUCGCUGCGUUUGGUUGUGGUUUUCGUUUGUGUCAUCGUGAAGACUCGAUCCGUGCAGCACAGCAGUGAAAUGUCUGUGGGGCCUCUCUGGGUUACGCGUUUCGCAGACAGGAAUCCUUCCUUUGGGCGAAGCUGUAGGGGGGGAACGCCAUUUCGUCUGGUAUUUCUCGUGGAGGCGGAGAAGCCAGCGCAAAGAAAGGACUAGUCACAAAUC